AUGGAAAUCUUGGAAAGUCUUAUUUCACCUUCACUGCAAUUUUAUAUACUAGUUGCACCACCAUUAGUGAAUGUUAGUCGAACGCAGAAUCGGCGGAUGUAUUAUCGAAUGUGCAUCAUUGGCGGUGGUGGCUAUUUUGGUCAACAUAUAGCCAAAGAAUUGCAAAAUUUUGGCCAUCAUACUGUUCUACUCGAUAUCAAAUUUGUUUAUGUACCGUAUUUGAAGUUAGAUGAAUCACUAACGACUAGAAUAGAAGGGUCAAUGCUGGAUCGAAGUGUGCUUGACGCAGCUUUACGCGGAUGCCAAGCGUGUUUUCAUAUAGCAGCCUAUGGGAUGAAUGGAGGUGCUUCGCUUGAGAAAGAUAAAGUAUAUCAUAUAAACGUGGAUGGGACGAAACUCGUUUUGGAACGCUGUAAGGAAAAUAAGGUGGAACGAGUGGUUUUUGCUAGUUCUGUCGCUAUUCUUUUUACGAAUAAAGAGUUGCAUUUUGUCGAUGAAUCCAUGCCUUAUCCUCAUCCAUCGCAAUACUAUUCUCAUUAUUCUGCUUCAAAAGCAAUCGCUGAAAAGAUGGUCUUAUCCAGUAAUUCAAAUUCUUUACGAACUUGUGCAUUGCGCCUUCGAGGAAUCUAUGGGCCCGGUGAGCCACGUUCAGUCGAAAGAGCUGUUGAUCUCUGCUCGCGCGGUUUCCUUAUCGCCACAUUUGAUCGAACAAAAGGCGGAUGCUUAACUCAAUACAGUGGAGUUCAUAAUAGUGCAAGCGCGAUGAGAUUAGCUGAAGAGGCUUUGCGGUCAGGCCGAGCUGCUGGUAAAGCUUACAAUAUAGUAGACGAUGGGCCUGCAAACUCAUCUAAAAUUCAAAAUUUAAAAAUUGGUAAAAUUUCAGCACUUGGAAAGAAGUUACCAUCUUAUAAGUUGCCAUAUGCUAUAGUGUUAGCAUUUGCAAUAUUAUCUGAACAACUUUACUUGUGGUUUGGCAUUGAACCAUUUUUUACUCAAUUGGAAGUAAAUAUAUCGUCCAUAACUAAUACGUAUUCAAUUGAACGAGCCAAGAAAGAUUUAGGUUAUAAGCCAAUCAACAAUCACGAUCUUACAUCAACCAUUGAAUACUAUAAAAAAUUAAAAGAAAAAAAGAAAAAUUCACCGACAUCGAUUACUGAUAAUAAUAAGAUAAUCCUGCUUGUAUCACUUUUUUUUAUCAUAUUAUUCUGGCUUAUCAAUAAAUGGAUGUAA